AUGGCGAACCAAAAGAGUUUAUUACUAACGUAUAUUAUUUGGCUCAUAUGGGGAUGGCUCGGUCUGCAUCAUUUAUAUCUGGGUCGAGAUAUCCAAGCAUUUAUCUGGUGGUCAACAAUCGGAGGUGUAUUUGGCCUGGGAUGGUUUCGCGACCUUUGGCGUAUUCCAGAAUAUGUUGACGAUGCCAACGAAGAACGGUUUUUCGUUGAAGAACUCAAAAGAAAGAUAAAGCUUAGGGGAGAACCAGCAUUUAGUGUAACCAGAUUUUCAGGACAAAUGCUUGUAGGAUAUUUUUACGGCAUAUUAGUUCGACUAGCGAUACCUGAGGAGGCGAAAUGGCUUCCGGCGUUGUUGGUACCUCUUGGGGUCGCCGUUGGUGUUUAUCUCGUUGGAAACAUUGGUCGAGAGAGGGGAGAUUUUAAAUAUCCUUUGAUGGGAGCUUUUAUUGCUAAUAUAGCUUUGACAUAUCUUACUGGGGACGAGGCUGGUGCAAUGUAUGUGGCUCUAGUUGCUGCCAUAUUUUUCCAAAACCGCCGCCAGUUUAGGAAGGAGAAACCGCAGGGCAAGACCUUAUGCAAGCGGCUACAGUACUUGGCGAUUGGCGGCUUAAUUAUUUGUUCCCUGUGGGGAUCGUUCCUCUAUUUCAAUGCACAAGUCACAACAGAAGAUGGAGAAACUGUAAAGUUACGUGACGCUAUAAAUCACUUCUUCAAUUCACCGGUGUGGCUCGAAUUCAAGGAAGUAUUUUGGGGUCUUUAUGAAGAAGGUCAGAAGAACGGCUGGGACAAUUUCUACGACGAGUUUGUUAAAGCGUUGGAUCCCAGGGGAGAAAAGAACGCUUAUCGUGUCCUAGGGCUAACAGAAGAUGCAACUCAAGAGGAAAUAAAACGAAGAUACAAGAAACUUGCAGUAAAGUGGCAUCCAGACAAAAAUCUAAACAACAAAGAAGAAGCCCAACAAAAAUUCAUGGAAAUUCAAGAAGCUUAUGAAAUUCUUUCGAAACUCAAAACAAAGAGAGCUUCUAAAAACACCAGAACAAGAAGUGAAUUCGAUCAACACGGUCAUGAAGAAUAUUAG